UGGUCAUGUCAGCAACAGUUUGGUAAAGUGACUCGUUGCACAUAUGUCCAUGCGUCUGGUUCUAAUUGGCUUGGCCAUCCUGGCAUUGGCCUACGGACAACCUGUGCCCGGAGCUCCAGAAGGCAUUGAAAAUUCUAAGCCAGUACAGGAGAUAAAUACAGCAAAACCCAUGUAUAAUGACUACCAACGGACCCUUUUCCUGCUGCUGCCCCUGCUGUUUCCUAACCAGUUCUAUAUACCGACUACUAGCGGCUAAUAAACUACCUUAGUUCUGUUCCACAAUCUGAA